AAAAGAAAGAAAAUAUGUUUUAAUAAAAUUAAACAUCAAAACGGAAAGGAAAAAGGAGAGCUGGAGUCACAUGGACUUGUCUUCUCUUGCUGGGUCCUCCAUUUCCUGGUCCUCUUUCACACCAUGAUCUUCUCCUUCUUCCUUCCUUAGAUUCCUCUUUCCCUCUUCCCUCCUCCAUGGCCGACGAUAAGGAGAUGUCUGCCUCUGUCAACGGGAAUGAGUCACUCACCGGUCACAUCAUAUCUACAACAAUUGGAGGCAAAAAUGGGGAGCCGAAACAGACCAUUAGUUACAUGGCAGAACGUGUUGUGGGAAAUGGAUCAUUUGGGAUUGUUUUCCAGGCAAAAUGCCUAGAAACUGGUGAGGCUGUGGCCAUUAAGAAGGUUUUGCAAGACAGAAGAUACAAAAAUCGUGAACUACAGUUAAUGAGGGUGAUGGACCAUCCAAAUGUGAUCUCCUUGAAGCAUUGUUUCUUUUCCACUACAAGCACAAAUGAGCUAUUUCUGAAUCUGGUGAUGGAAUAUGUUCCCCAGAGCCUGUAUCAGGUCAUAAUGCAUUACACCAAUGCUAAUCAGAGAAUGCCACUUAUUCAUGUAAAACUUUAUAUGUACCAGAUUUUCAGGGGUUUGGCUUAUAUCCACACUGUUCCAGGAGUUUGCCACAGAGAUUUGAAGCCUCAAAAUAUACUGGUUGAUCCUUAUACACAUCAGGUUAAGCUAUGUGAUUUUGGAAGUGCCAAAGUGCUAGUCAGAGGGGAAACUAAUAUAUCAUACAUAUGUUCACGCUUCUAUCGAGCUCCGGAACUUAUAUUUGGUGCCACAGAGUAUACUACCUCAAUUGACAUCUGGUCGGCUGGCUGUGUCCUAGCUGAACUACUCUUAGGCCAGCCAUUGUUUCCUGGUGGAACCGCAGUAGACCAGCUUGUGGAGAUUAUAAAGGUUCUUGGAACACCCACCCGUGAGGAAGUCCGUUGUAUGAAUCCCAAUUACAAUGAUUUUAGGUUCCCGCAGCUAAAAGCACGCCCAUGGCAUAAGAUAUUUCACAAAAGGAUGCCUCCAGAAGCAAUUGAUCUUGUUUCCCGGCUUCUUCAAUACUCUCCAAGUCUUCGGUGCACUGCGCUAGAAGCAUGUGCGCAUCCUUUCUUUGAUGAACUUCGAGAACCCAAUGCCCGCCUGCCAAAUGGUCGUCCCUUUCCAUUAUUAUUCAACUUCGGACAGGAAUUAUCAGGAGCGUCUCCAGAACUUGUUAAUAAGUUAAUACCAGACCACGUGAAGCGGCAAAUAGGGCAACAAUUCAUCCAUCUUACAGGAACAUGAUGAUAAGUUUUGGGCAGAGUCUAAGCUAGUUGUUGAAGUCAACAGGAGCACCAUCUUUUUGUCUAAAUUACCAUAUACCGCGGCCUGCCUAACCACUCAAGACCUGGUUGCUGUGCGGCUGCAAUUGAUCCAUCAGUCUACAUAUAGCUUUUGAAUCCUUAUUUGGUCGUGGUGGAUCUGUAUUUCCUCAGGCGUGUAGCCCUACCUUUACCUUCCUUUGUUGUUUCUUUGUAUACGUCUACGUCUCAUAGUAUGGUUGGUUGGCGCCGAAUUGGUCAAAUAGCCUUGUGUCCGGGGAAACUUGAACCCUUAGCUGGAAGGAGGGUCCCAGAUGUAAAGGAUCUUAAUGUUAAUAUGUGGCUGACUCGUAAUCAUGCAAACAUGUUCCUUGUGAAUUGUAAUGCUAUCUGUUUUUCCUUUAA